GAUGUGUUACUGCAUAUUGUUAAACUAAAACAUUUGUUUUGAUCUAGAAAGAUCCGUGUGUAUAUUGUUGUUGGUUCACUAUCACGUCUGAUUGCCAUGACUGCCAUGUAAACAAAUCCUGUUCAACGGUGCGCACUUGAAAUAGAAAACGGGAAACAAAUGCUCUUCAAUGGUCUGUUACAAUAUUUAGUUAUUUGUGUUUUUGUGUGAAAUAACGCGAGGAUAUUCUUUAUACCGUGUUUUCAAACAUGUAGCGUGAAAUUGUUUUGUCACAAUAGGGUUAAAACACUGGUAGAAGUGUGUUAAAGCAGAGUGACCGAUAAGUGUUUCCGGGGAACUAAUUUACUGUCGCACCGCUCCGAACUACAAAUAAACGCGCCAGAAGUAGAAAAACAUUCAAAAUGCCACAUUAUUUCCGGGGUUUGUGGUGGGAAAUAUCCGAAAUCUGAGGCAUCUUGAACGCAGCAAAAGUGUUGGUGCGGUGUUUUACAACCUCCUUAUUUUCAUCUCUGAUUCCCCCACAGUGUAAAGAGAGCCCUUCAGUUACACGACAAAGAAAACAGCCCUGCUAAGAGGCAUGCACCAAACCAAAAUUAUUCCCCUAUGACUGGAACGCGGUUGAUGAGUCCUGCAACUAAACCUGGAGCAGGUACUUCCAAAGCAGAUGGAAAGAAAACGAAUACCCCUAAAACAAAAAAGCCUAUGACAGAUGAAGAAAGAAUUGUGUUCCUCAGAUCUAAGGUGAGAAGAUCCGUCAAAGACAUAAUGAAAAACAGGCAUAAGCUGGAGACAUUAAUGCCAGUAGAGGGCAGUAGUGAGCUGAGGAGUCUGUUGCUGAUGGGUCCUGCGGACCUACAAACUGAACUCAAGAGGCAUGAAGAUCUUUCGUCCAAAGUUGCAUCUUCUGCACACAGACCAGACACAAACAAGGGUCAUGUCAGAGGUUUAACACAGACCAGCAGCUCUUAUGAAUUUCUGAAAGCACUCUUAAGCCGCUGAGGAAUCUUCUCUUGGUGUCCGACUUGGGUAGCAGCUGGUGCCCACUCAAACAUUUUCCUAUUUCUGCCCAAGGUGGAUCACGUAACUGUCACUUUAUCACUUCUAGAGGCCACGUGAAGGACAAAAGCUUAAGCUGACCUAACAAAACACACACUUGUCACAUCCAACCCAGAGGACAGCAGUUGGCAAGAACUUGUUCCCAAGAACUCAUGGUUCAUCUAUUUGGUCUGUUAACUGUAGGCUGUAAAGUCUGACCGUCAAGUUUAGAGAAUCAGAGUUUUAAGAUCAGCAGCCAGGAUCUAAUAACAAUUUGAUCUUGAUGGAUAUUAUUUUUCAACAUUAGCAUCAGGCUUUUUUGUGUGUUGCUGUCCUUUUUUCUAAUGUGUAAAACAGUUAAACAAAAUCAGUUCCUUCUUUCAUUUUGUGUGCGUGGCUGUAGAGCUGGAGCACGCCGUAACACAGUAGCCCCUUUGUGACCCGAUAACAUUUAUAGUUGUAAUGGAUUUUUUUUAAUGGCCGUCAUUAACUCGCACAAAGAGGGGUGAAAAAGAUUGCUUGUACUUUUUCGCCGGUGUUUCAGCUUUACAGCAUUGUGUUCAUAUACGUCUCCUUCCAUCAUUUUUGUUUUACAGCCCAUAGAUUUGAAAUGUUUCAAUGCGUAGCUGUGGCAUCAGUUUUUUCACUUUUGUUGUGUUUAAUUCAUCUUUCCUUCAAUUACCUCAUGAAAAUCAAACAUUUAUAGUGAUA